AUGGCAGCUAAGCCCAACUCCAAGUCGCCGACCAUUCGGCGGAUCCUCCGUGAAGCCCAGGAGCUGGCGGCGGCGCCGUCGGCCGACUUUGCAGCGGCGCCGCUCGAGUCGGACCUGUUUGAGUGGCACUUUACGCUGCGCGGACCACCCGGAACCGCGUACGCGGCCGGACAGUACCACGGGCGGAUCGUGCUGCCGCCGACGUAUCCGCUGCGGCCGCCGUCGUUUCGAUUUGCCACGCCGUCGGGCCGCUUCGAGGCCAACCGCGAGAUCUGUCUCUCCAUCAGCGGCCAUCACGAAGAAACCUGGCAGCCGGCCUGGGGCCUCCGCACCGCCCUCGUUGCCCUGCGCGCCUUUAUGGAGACGGAUCCGGCCGGCCAGCUCGGCGGCCUUGACGCCUCCGACGCUACCCGUCGCAGCCUCGCCGCCGCCUCGCCCGCCUUUCGCUGCGCUGUCUGCGGUCGCUCCAACGCCGAGAUCCUCGCCGAAAACGCCGCCGCCGAGAUUACCAGCCCGAGCCGAGCAUCGACCGAAGGGACUGUCCAGGGUGAAGGCUCUAGUGCUACUGCACCUGAGAUCCCCCCCGAGCUCAAGCUCGUCUGGCGAGAUGAGCUCGACGCGGCUGGCACGACCAACACAGCAACUCCUCCAACAGAAGCUGCAGUUCCUCCAACAGAAGCUGCAGCUCCUCCGACAGAAGCUCCAACAGCUCCUCCAGUUCCAGCUCCUCGUCCAUUCCUUCGGCCCACUCCCACCGUCCCCCUCCCUGCUGGCCCCCGCGGCCUCCCCCUUCCUCCUCGACGACAGUCCGCCGACAUGCCGGUUUGGGUCGACCGCUGCAUCGGCGCUCUCCUUGUCGUGCUGGUGGCCAUGCUACUCAGAAUGGCGUUACGGUGA